CUCUCCCUGGCUGCCCCUCUCCAUACUCCAUGUGUGAGUGCGUGCAACCUUACAAUUUUUCACAAAAUUAUGGGCUGAAUUUGGUGCGUCGUUGUCACAUUCCAACGUACACUUAAUAUUUAUUCGUCUCUAUAAUUUGUUGGUUUUUCUAUCAUGUUUCCUAAUUUUGAUCACACCUUUUCAUUCCCCCUCACACUAUAAAUUUCUUUAACACCCUUUAAAUCAUUUCACAAUUCCUCAUUCCGCCCCCAUUAAUCAACCAAAGAAAUGGCCGAGCCUCCGCCGCCGGAAACCACCUCCUCCGCCGAGUCGACUCACGAGUUGGCCGAGUUCAAGGCGAAGAAGAGAGCGAAAGAGAGCGGGAACAAGCACCCGGUGUACAGAGGAGUGAGGAAGCGGAGCUGGGGGAAAUGGGUCUCCGAAAUCCGCCAGCCGCGGAAGAAGUCCCGCAUUUGGCUAGGGACUUACCCCACGGCGGAGAUGGCGGCGAGGGCCCACGACGUCGCCGCGAUGUGCAUCAAGGGGAACUCCGCCAUCCUCAACUUCCCCCAGCUCAGCGGCUCGCUGCCGCGGCCCGAGUCCCUCUCGCCCAAAGACGUGCAGGCCGCGGCAGCGAAGGCCGCGGCGAUGGAGGAGCUCAGCUGCCACCUGAGCUCCUCCAAUUCGCCAUCCUCCUCCUCCUCCUCCUCGUCGACGGUGACAUCAGUUGGCGAGAAGGGGACUGCGGGGUCGGAGGAGCUGGGCGAGAUCAUCGAGUUGCCGAGUUUGGAGGGGAGCUACGAGUCGACCGAGUCGGGUAGCGAGUUGGCGGUGGUUGACCCUGCCGAGGGGUGGCUGCAGCCGCCGUGGUGGGCGUUGGAUAAGAAUUUUUACGAGUACUUCUACGACGAAUUGGGUGGCGGCGACGGCGGCGGUGGUGGUGGGAGUUCGAUUUCAUGCAGCUUUGAGACUGUCAAGUGGAGUUGCUAAAUUUAGGAGGUGUGCCUUGUGCUUUAGUACUUGUACUUUCGGUUUUUUGAUGGUUAAUAUCUCUAUAAGUAAAUAAUCAUUUUCUUCAUUUUCUCACAAAAAA